AUGGAUACGGACUCAAGUGUUUCUCUGGGCGGAGAGCUGUGCUGCUCCGGUGGUCAGCGCGUGUGUGCGUCCCCGGUAAAAGGCAGACACGUCGGCGUGUCCUACCUAUUGCAGAGGACCGAUUGCGAUGUCUGUCAGCAAAACAAAAAAGAGAAAGAGAACCAUUUGAUGGAAGAAAAGAAAAAGAAAAGGCAAGAAGAAAAGAUAAAGAAGGACGCUGCUCAAAAAAAGGCUGCUGAACAGAAAACCAAAGUGCCAGAGCCAGCCAAGCCCAGCCCCGGCCCCCUCCACCACCACCACCCCACCACCAGUGUGACCCUACCCCUGGCCUCGCACUCCCCCUCCCUCUCCUCCUCCUCCUCCUCCUCCUCCUCCUCUGCUAGCACCAAUGGCAAGCGGGCCCCCCCCAGCACCAACCAGCAGACCCCACAACCGCAGCAGCCUCUGUCUUCUGGCCCCCGCUACCCGCCCCGCGAGGUCCCCCCGCGUUUCCGCCAGCAGGAGCACAAGCAGCUACUGAAGAGAGGCCAGCCGCUGCCCACCGGAGCCCUGGGUAGCCUGACCAUCGCCCCCCCCUCCUCCGACCCCACCCCCGGUGGCUCUGCUUCUUCCGCCUCGGCAGGCAAGCGCCAAACAGCCCUGCCUCUCCAGAGUGGUCUUUGUGCCCAGUAUGAAAAUCCCCAGUGGGGAGUCUUGCCACCAGCCAGCGACAGCAGCAGUAGUAGCUGGGAUCAAGUGAUCAUCGACAGGAGCGACACCGAGGCCUGGCCCUCCAUUGGCCUCAGCGUCGACAGCCGACCGGCGGAUCCUGCAGAAUGCGCGACGGCCGCUGACGGCGCCGAUCCAGAGACCAGCAGCAUUAUGAGCUUGGCCGCGGGGGCUACCAGCCAGCAGGCCCACUACCCCACCUCACUCAAAGCUAACGCAGCCAGCAUGAUGCAGUCCGGCGGCGGCCAGGGAGUCGGCGCCGUCGGCAGCCGAGGCUGGGGAUCCGGACCCAACUCGAUGAGCAACAACGAGGGCCCCAAAUCAGAAGGCCUUGUUCCUAAUAUGGGCCGUGGUGGAGGAGCGCCCGGUUGGAGCUCCCAGCCCAACUUUAACCUGAACCUGAAUCCCAACGCAAACCCCUCCGCCUGGCCUGUCCUGGGUCAAGAGGGUUCCGGAGGAGGGCCCAACCCCUCGUCACUGACUCCCAACGGCAGCCUGGGCAACGGGAGCCUGGGAGGGGAUGGGAACGGAGGCAGCGGCGGCAACUGGGGGGGCAUGAUGUGCUCUGAUGCCCCGUCGUCCAAUACAAAUGUGUCUUUCAGCGGCAUGGAACACCCCAACCUUAACACCGACGGACCAAACAGUCACCACAUGAAGCAGGGGGAACCCCUCAGCCCCAUUCAUGGCCUGCCUGGCUGGGGAGGCCAGUCCCCAACAGAGUCGUCCCAGCUCAACGGUGAGGCCACAAGCUCGGUCUGGGGCAACGGAGACACCAAGUCAUCCGUCGAACCUUCCUCCAAGGACUCUGGCUGGGACUCAGCCCCCUCCGGGGGUAUGUCUGGUUGGGGCCGCUCCGGCAGCGGAGGCGGUAACGGCGGUGGAGGAGGCUGGGGCGGGGACUGGGGCAAACCAUCCAGCGGUGGCGGAGAGGUCAAAGGAGGCUGGGAUUCCUCAGCUUCCACGGCUCAAGAGCAGGUGAGCUCCUGGGGCCAGCCGACCCCGGCCCCGGCUAGCGAGGGUAGCGGUAGCGGCGGAAGCGAGGGGCGCUCCCAUCGCAGGGAGAGGUCCGACAGUGCCGUCCGAGGCCCCCCCCCGCUUCCCCGGCAGGACCUGGACCCCCGAGUUCUCUGCAACACGGGCUGGGGUCAGACCCCUGUCCGCCAACACACCUCCUGGGAAAUGGAGGAGCAGCGUGCUGCUAACGAGAGGAAAACCAGCGAGAUGAUGGGCAGAGGUGGCGGGGACACCUGGGGGGGCUCCAACAGCCCCUCCUCCGGACCUCCACCAGACCCCCGGAACGGGGGCGCAAACCCCAAGCAGGUACCAUCUCAGAGGCCAGGCUCCGGUGGAAAGAGUGAGGGCCCAUCUGGUUGGGGGGGGCCCUCUCCCCCAUCCAGUCAAACUGGCUCCAGUUGGGGGGAGCAACCUGUCAACAAGGCCCCUAACGGAUCAAUCGGAGGCUGGGGGGAUCUCCCAGCGCAGGGCCCCAGCAACACAAACAACGGCCCCAAAAGUGGAGGUCAAUCCUGGGGUGUUGCUGAGGAGAAGACUUCUCCGACUUGGGACAGCGGCCCUGCCAAGGUCCAGCCGAACCAGUCCCAGAGCUGGGGCGAAGGCCCCAAAUCCUCCACCCAUGGCUGGGGCACUGGAAGCGGCGGCCGCGGCUCCAAUGGGUCCAACAGUUCUAACGGAGGGGAGUGGGGUGAACCAGCUGAGGGGAAGAAGAACGGAACCUCUAGCAGCAUGUGGGAAGGGGAAGGAGGUGGAAAUGCAGGAGGAUGGAAGGACAGCCCAAGAGGAGGUGGAGGAAAUGGAGGGGGAUGGGGAUCUAAACCUACAGCUGCUGUUGGUGGAGGCUGGGGCGAGAGCCAGAUCCAGCGCCCCAGUGGUCCAGCUCCCGGAUGGGGCUCCAAGCCCCAGGAAAGCCCCAGCGGUCCAGCUCCAGGUUGGGGCUCCAAGCCCCAGGAAAACCCCAGCGUUCCAGCACCCGGAUGGGGCUCCAAGCCCCAGGAAAGCCCCAGCGGUCCAGCUCCAGGAUGGGGCUCCAAGCCCCAGGAAAGCCCCAGCGGUCCAGCUCCAGGAUGGGGCUCCAAGCCCCAGGAAAGCCCCAGCGGUCCAGCUCCAGGAUGGGGCUCCAAGCCCCAGGAAAGCCCCAGCGGUCCAGCUCCAGGAUGGGGCUCCAAGCCCCAGGAAAGCCCAAGCGGUCCAGCUCCAGGAUGGGGCUCCAAGCCCCAGGAAAACCCCAGCGGUCCAGCUCCAGGAUGGGGCUCCAAGCCCCAGGAAAACCCCAGCGGCAAUAGUGUAUGUGGACCAGGUGGCUCCAGCAUGGGUUCUUGGGGUGGCCCUGCCACUGUGAAGCAGAGCUCCAGCACUGGUUGGGCCCCGGGGAGCUCCGGAGUUAAACCUGACCCAGGGAUGGAACCCACAGGCUGGGAAGAGCCCUCCCCUCCCUCAAUCCGCCGCAAGAUGGAGAUCGACGAUGGCACCUCCACUUGGGGUGACCCCAGCGCCUACAACAAGUCCGUUAAUAUGUGGGACCGCAACAACCCCACCGGUGGUAACGGUAACCAAGGCAACAACCCCAACCAGCCACCACCCAGCAAGACCAACGGAGGCAUGGUUGUCAACAACAACAACAACCACUCCUCCGUCGCCUCUAGCAACAACAACAAUCACCAUCAUGUUAACCACCACCACCCGCAUCACGGGCACCCCCCACCGCACGGCCAGCACCAUGGCAACAACAAUGGAUCGCCCAACACCCCUGCCCCGCACCAGGGUGGAGGACUCCAGGGCCGACCACAGAUGGCCAACCCAGGUUGGGGGGAGCUGCCCAGCGUCCAGCAGCCCAAGCCGGAGCCAGCCUGGGGGGAGCCCGCCGGCCCCACUCCUGCUGUGGACAACGGCACCUCGGCCUGGGGUAAACCCCCAGCCGUUCCUGGAGGCUGGGCCGAUGGAGGGCACGGGGGCCACGAGGCCAAUGGACCUUACGGCAGAGGCAACAAUGGACCCUCUGGCCCUGCACCCUGUAAGCCAGCCCCCAAAACUAUGCAAGAUGGCUGGGGAGGUGUUCGGGAAGAGGAGAUGGGCAUGUCUUCUGGCCAAUGGGACGCUGACGCUGGGGAUAUGUGGAACAGCCCUGCCUCCCAGGAGAGCAGCUCUUCCUGCAACUCGUGGAGCCAGCCGGCCAAGAAGUGCCCACCCAAGGGCAAGAUGGCGAACCAGCCAGAUGAAGCCUGGUUCAUGAACCGUCUCAUCAAGCAGCUCACUGACAUGGGCUUCCCGAGGGAUCCUGCCGAGGAGGCUCUGAAAAGCAACAACAUGAAUUUGGACCAGGCCAUGAGCGCUCUGUUGGAGAAGAAGACAGAUGUGGACAAGCGGGGCAUGGGCAUGUCGGACUACAACAACGGGAUGAAGUCAUUCAGUUGCCGGCCCCAGGGCCACUCCAAAGACCCCUCCUCAGACCGCAGCCCGUUCCUGGACAAGGAUGGUGGUCUGUCGGACGACGCCCCCCCCUCACCGUUUAUGCCUUCUCCUGUCAGCCUGAAGCUCCCCCUGGUGAACAACCUGCAACCUGGCCAGGGCUCCCCUGGGCUCAGCAUGCAAAACUUGAACAACAGACAGAUGCAGAGUGGAAUGUUUGGCAGUAGCGGAGCAGCACAAGCCCGGGUCAUGCAGCCUCCUCCUCCUCCUCAGCCGUCAGUGCCACCUCUCAGCUCCUCCCAGCCUAGUCUUCGCGCUCAAGUGCCUCAGUUUCUCUCCCCUCAGGUUCAAGCACAGCUCUUGCAGUUUGCCGCAAAAAACAUUGGUCUGAACCCUGCACUUUUAACCUCACCAAUUAACCCUCAACAAAUGACCCUGUUGUAUCAACUUCAGCAACUGCAAAUGGCGUACCAGCGUUUACAAAUCCAGCAGCAGAUGAUGCAGGCUCAGCGCAGCGUCUCCGGCCCGGUCAGACAACAGGAGCAGCAGGUUGCACGUACAAUCAAUAACAUGCAGCAGCAGAUCCAGCAGCACCAGCGCCAGCUGUACCAGGCCCUGCUAAUGAAGCAGCAGCCCCCCGGCUCCCACUCCUCCAGCCUGCACCCCGGCCAGGGCAAAUCAGUCCUGGACUCCUUCCCAGGCCACCCCCAGGCUCCGGGCCUCUCCGACCUGCACACCAAAGAGCCGCAGUCCUCUCCCAAUUCGUACAGCCCCUACCCGGUCUCUGGACUCAAUCCUAACAUGAAUGUAAACUGCAUGGAGGUGGGGGGUUUGUCCAUGAAGGAGCCUCCGCAGCCCCAGUCACGCCUCUCCCAGUGGACCCACCCCAACUCCAUGGACAGCCUCUCGUCAGGCUCCUCUCACAUGGAGGCCAACCUCAAUAAGCACGGUGCCAUUUCUGCUGCCUCCACCCUGGGACCCCCCGGGAAGCCCACCCAGAUGGAUGACUCCUACAGCCCCUACAGUAUCAUGAGUGGCUCAGAGUCACCCACCUCCCCUCUGGUUCCCCCCGACAGCUGGGGCCAGGGACCUGGCAAGAGCCCCAACGAUAAGAUCACCAACGGAACCAAUAUCAACUGGCCCCCUGAGUUUUGUCCAGGCGUACCCUGGAAGGGCCUGCAGAAUAUCGACCCCGAGAACGACCCCAACAUGACCCCGGGAAGUGUUCCCAGCGGUCCCACCAUCAACACCAACAUCCAGGACGUCAACCGAUACCUGCUCCGUGACCGCAGUGGAGGCUCCUCCCCUCCGUCACCGUGUCAGAACGGGGCUCCGCCCUCCACUGAGUGGCCCAUCCCUGGCUGCUACACCAGCCCUUUCAGUCUGUCCUCCCCGGAUGAGGAGAGCGCAGGUAAACUCUCAGACAUGAAGUCUACCUGGUCCCCGGGGCCGAUCUCGCACCCAUCCCAGGCCUCAUUGUCCCACGAACUGUGGAAGGUCCCCCAGGGGUCACGCAACACCACUGCCCCCUCCAGGCCCCCUCCGGGCCUCACCAACCCCACCAAGCCCUCCACCUGGGGAGGAAACUCCCUGGGCCUGGCCCAAGCCUGGAGCAGCUCCUACACGUCAGAGGGAACCACGUGGAGCACCGACAGCCCCAGCAGGACCAGUAGCUGGCUGGUCCUAAGGAACCUCACCCCCCAGAUCGACGGCUCCACCCUGCGGACGCUGUGCAUGCAGCACGGCCCACUCAUCACAUUCCACCUCAACCUGACCCAGGGGAACGCCGUGGUGCGCUACAGCUCCAAGGAGGAGGCCGCCAAGGCCCAGAAGUCCCUGCACAUGUGUGUGCUUGGCAACACCACAAUCCUGGCAGAGUUUGCUGGGGAGGACGAGGUGAACCGCUUCUUUGCACAAGGCCAACAGCAGCAGCAGCUCCCGCCCACCACCAGCUGGCAGCCCAACCCGGGCACCAAUCAGACACGCAUGGGUGGAGGAGGCGGAGCCUCGCAGCAGCACGCUGUUGGCCAUCACUGGAGCAGCGGUGGUGGUGGCCUGGGGGGAGGGGCCAAGACGGGCGGAGGAGGAGACCUCCUUUGGGGAGGCGUGCCCCAGUACUCCAACCUGUGGGGGCCUCCCAGCGGCGAUGAUAGUCGCGGAGUUAUUGGGAGCCCCACCCCUAUAAACACGCUGUUGCCAGGCGACCUUCUGAGUGGAGAGUCCAUGUAGGACAACACACUAACCAUGAGGAUGGAUGUUGUCUCACUGCUAUACCCGACAGUGGGGAAAAUGAUAUAGAAAUAAAAAUACAGAAAAAAAAAAGACAAUGAACAGGAGCAAAACCAAGCAAAUCAUGUGGCGAUAAUCAGUAUGAACAAACUGUGAAUCGUGUAACCGGAAGGCUGUGGGCACCGACCAGAGACUGCUGACCCCAAGCCCGUCGCUGUCUCAUUGUCUUUUUCUUCCUUUUCUUUUUAAAGGGGAUUUCAUUUUUAGUGUUUGAUCAACGUUGGAGGAAAACUUAACUAAAAUGCAGAAAAGACUCAAUGAAGUGAACCUUAAGUGUUUUUAAUUUUUUCCAUGAAUAUCGCUGACAUUCUGUGUGAUGUGUUUUUAAGGAGAAGCAAUCGAAGAAGCUGCCAUUUUGAAUCUUUCCUUUGCCCCCCAAACUCCAAAUUGAUACAAGAAAAUGACCAUUCCCAGCAUGUCGUGGCCAAUGAUGUGGUUGAAAUACCUUUUACUUGUUAUUUUAUCAUUUUAUUCUAAGCACUAAUAUUAGCCUUAAGUGCUCUACUCUGGCCCAGGUCCUUCAAUCUCAAGCCUUUUCUGUUUUGAAACUGAAGAAAAUGUAAUACGUUUAAAAACUUGCACAGUUCCCAUCUCUGAGCCAGCAAAUGGAACAGGACAAGUGUGAUAAACAAAGGUCGUAUUCACUAAUAAAACGGAAGCAAAUAGACCGAAACAAAGAAGGACUACCUGAACUUGGUCCAAAUAAGAUACGUUUUGUUUUCCGCUACAAACGGUUUUGCUACGGCGUGUACUAAUGAAUACGACCCCAAACUCACUCUGCAGUAUGAGGCCUGUCAACGCUGACCCAACCAAUCAUCAGUUAAAACCUUUUUUUGUAGUUUUUAUUCUGGUUGUAUGUUCUUGAAGGGAUUUACACUGCUGUUUUUGUUCUUAUUGUAUAUUCAGGCGCAUUUUUAUAAUAUCUAUCGCAACAUAAGCUGAGAGAAGAUUAUUACUUGUUGACAACCUAGGUGAGUUUGUGUUGUGUGUACCUAAUGAGUAUGUCUGAUGGCACCUAAUCAUUCAUGUCUGUGAGUUCAAAUUACCACUGCUCAGAACUACAACUUCAGCUAUUCUCACCGAACAGGACUACAGGUGCUUUUUGUCAAUUACUCAAAUUAUUCGUGUAUUCUGUCAGUGACCAUCUCGUCGUGGUCCAACAGUUUCUGGAAAACAACUUCACCUUGACGUGACCGUUAUAUUGUGCAAUAUAAGCCACAGACUCUUCUUCCGUCCACACUCAAGUCGAAACAGGAGCUGAUUCAUUUUGCUUUUUUUGUUGUUCUCGUUCACAAAAGAAUGGUUUUGUGUCGUUUAUCGAAGCGAAGAACUUGGGAAACUACGGCAACCUUACCUUUCUCAAAUCUUGGAUUCCCAUCGGAACUCCAUAAGUCUGUUGGUCUAACUGGCAGAGGAACAGCGUGGGUGGUUACUCUCUUAUACUGUUCUGAUACUGUACUUUGGCCCCAGGCGUCCUCGUACGUACAGUGAAUUGGGAUAAAUGGGAAGGCACCGUCAGAACACUUCCUCUCUGCUUUGCCACAGCCUAACCCAACAGAGACUCAAUUCAGAUGGUCUGUCUAGAGGGGCACCGGGCACCUGGCACAAUACCAAAUAAGAGGGGUUUCUCCUAAUGCAGUAGAUCUACUAUGAGUGUUCCUUGCAUUUGGUACUGUACAAAAACAUGAGACUGAGUAACCUUUUUUCUAUUUCAAGGGGUUUUAUCAUAGCACUUAUGAAGAGAGCAAACGCUUCAACUUGCAAUCCAAUAAAUCAGAAAAAUGGAGCAGCUUUAAAAAAAGGAAAAAAAAAAGAAGAAAAAAAGACUCAUGCUCUUUUUGUACUGUAUACUUGGAAAUAACUUGGCGUGGCGUUACAUUUGUUCUUUGGUUCAACGACUGGAACGGACUUGGAAAUGGUAGCAGGAUGAAGGGGAACUAAAAAAAAUUACAAAUAACUGAAACCUAUUUGUGUUGGACAAAAGAAAUCUGAAUGAUUUUUAAUUUUUUUUUUCUAAUUACAUUUUCUUUGAACUAUAUCAAAGUGAAUAUCACUGUUACUCCGAAAUGUUUAGCCUUUAUCUUGUCUGGAGGCGCUAGACAUGCAAUGUUACCUGUCUCCGGCCGGUGGUCGGUCCGAAUGGGGUUGGGGGCGGGCACGGUCCACUGAGUGCCUCUGCUGUGGUACCCAUGGCAAUGGUCGGUAGGCUACUCCUACUACAGCACUUAACUCCUGGACAGGCACCAAGCUCUCUCGUUGGACACCCUCGGCCCGGCAGGAAACCAUGCUCCCUCCGAGACUGGCCAAUCAGCAUGGAGCUAACGACCUCGCCAGCAGCACUCAACCUUGUCUCAACCAACCCUCUCCAUCUCACUUCUUCUUUCACACAAAGAUCACUUUAGCUGGAUGUCGAGGGACAGUCACAUUUCUGGAAUUUUGCCAGUGUCGAUAACGUUUAUUUCUCCCUUUUUAUGUUACUGAUGUAUUUUUUUUAUCUUGUUGAUUUAUUUUUGUCUAUAUGCAGCUGUCUUUUCAAGAUGGCUGCCUGAAACAAGCCCUUUCACUGUUCAUAUGCAGAAACACUUUGGUCAGAGGUGCCUCUGUAUGGUCGUCCUGUGUAUUGAAUGCAACCGAGGAUCAAUACUACAGACCGUUGUUGAUUGUUUAUUAUAUUGUUAUUAUUAGUUUGUAUCUUAACUGAUUGAUCGUUCAUUGCUUUGUUUGGACAGUAUUCUGUAGUACUUCCAGGUAGUACCUGGAGAAGUCUAAGUUAUAUGAAUACGGUCUCUCAGAUGGGUGUCUGUGCCCCCCCCCCCCCCCUGAACCUAGCUGCUUCACCUGGGCUUCACCAGGGCUGUCCCCUCUCGCCCCUCACACAGCUGCUACGCUAUAACCUCCUCCAGCCCCAGGCCUCUCCAAAUCGACCCCUGGGCCUCCACCUUGACCAGAUAUAAACAGACUACACCCAUCUGUUUCUAUGCAAAAAAUAAAUGAAAACAACGUAUGGUCGGAGGCCCUAACCAACCGGCCCAUCCUGACCAAUAGGAAUGAGCACUCCUAGAGCUUGACCCAACCACCAACCUGCUGCUGUAUGUAUCCUUCAGCAACAUGGCCGCUCCUGGUCCUUAUAGCUGGGCUUAAACCACAACACUGUCGUAUUCCAAACUGACACUCCCCACGCGGAGCUGUAGUACCACUGGAGGGCUGGCGUGGUAGGCCACUCUCUUUACUGUGCUGACGAAGACUGCUCUCCUCAGCUUGAUCUCAGGGUAGGAGGAGACAACAUUAAGAGAGAGGCAGCUCUCUAAAUACGGAUGUCCUUUGCUGUAGUGUGGGGAGAGCCAAUACAUACACUAACUGAAGGCCAGCUGUGCAGUAGUAUGCAAGCACAGCCUUAACAGCUGGAGAAAAGGCUAGGUAUUGGGAAUGGGAUAGUAAUGAACUCCCUUCCUGACUCUGGGCCUGCUGUAAUUAUAAAAGAAAAUGUAAAGGCCCAUUCAGCAUGUAUGAUGCCAAUGUUAUCCUAUGUGCCAAUACAGGAGUUAAAAAAGAAAAAUCCCCAAUGUUAUGCUAGAAGAGUAAGAGUACUCCUCGUUCCAGGUUGGAGGAUCUUUGUUAAUAAUCUUACAUGGAGGUGGGGGGGGGGAGAGACAGGAAGAACCAACAGACGGUGGGGGGCAACACAGCUCACCCUGAAACACUGAGAUGGUUUGGCUGGGUCUGAAAUGGCACCCUGUUCAUUAUUUUGUGUAUAAUGUAGGAAAAUGGGACGUCAUUUAGUACGCAGCGAAUCUUUGUGGGGAAUGGCCCGUUGAGGAGGAAAUCUUUAGUUUGGGGUUCCAAGUAUGCUACAGUGCACAGUCAGUUUGAUGGGGAAUCCCGGGUACAUAUUUUUUUAAACCAAAAAUUAAAAAAAUUAUUGCAUUUUAACAUCAUUUUUAAUAUGAAGUUUGACAGAAAAUCUUAAAAGAAAAAACCUUAAACUUUAAAAAGACAAAAAAAAAAAAUGAAUCUAUGAUAUGUUAAAACUAAAGCUCUGCACUUCUAGCUGAAACGUCUCCAGUCCAGCAACCUCUUAUCUUCCACCAUCCAGAGUGUAGAAUGCAGGCUGGGGUGCCUUUUUGUGGAUGCUGUAUUUAUUGUAUGUUUGUGUUUCCGCUUAAAGCGGGGCCCACAGAACUGUACAUUUCCACAGACCCAGAUGGCUUUGGGCCCAAUGUAUCAGCCCAACUCACUUGCCUCACUGCAUCUACGGUAGGCAACGAGAGGGGGCGCAAUUUAAGAGGUACAAAAAGUCUUUAAAAGAAACAAACAAAAACAGGAGAAGGCUACCUUUUGGGGCACCAUUCGGCGUCCUGCAGCACACUAGCAAAAAUCACGACUGCCUGUUUCUGUAACUGCCUUGAUCCAAGCUCAGACAGACCCAUUAGCCGGAUGGGGGCCUCCAAGCGUCCACUCAGUGUGGGGGGGACCCCCUGCUGCACCAGCACUGAGGGGCACCGCCGCAACGCUCUCUCCAGCUAUAGAUAGAUAUAUAUGGAUAUAUACGUACCAUGUGGUAGCACAUCCACCGACAGACAGAAAUCUCGGAUCACAACCUCUGAAACCUUUUGUUCUGUUUAAAAGGCUUCAAUACAAACUGAAGGUGAGCAAUAUGUAUUCCCCCCACGUGAUACAAAGAAAAGAGAACAGGUUUAGGGGUAAAACUUGAUGGAUCGAGGGUAGUGUCUUUCUGAUCUGGAGUUGGAUAUGCACGUUCUGGUUUAAUGAACUUGUUACAGUACCUUUAAGUGCUUGUACUGUAUGUGUAUUUGUCCUUCAAACAAAGUCUGAACAACCCAACCUGAACCACCUGUUUUUAAAUGCGUACUUUCCCAGUAGAGAAAAAAAUCAUUAAACAUAUCAAAACAAAAAUAUAAACACAAAUACUUGAAUCAAGGACCGCCAAUAACGUAAUGUGAAGUCUUUUGUAAAAAAAAUUAAAAAUAAAUAAAAAAAAGGUCUGAUCAGAGCUUUUUGAGGACGAGUUAUAAUGCGUUAAAAUAAAACCAAUAUAUAAAAACAUUGUGAAAAAAAUGCAAAAAUCAUCUUUGUGUGCUUGAAAGUCAAAAUGUGUGCAAGCAACUGUGUGCUUGGCGGGCCUCGGUCUGCUCUUAUCUUCCAUUCAGUAUGUUGUGUUGACCUUGUUGUCUGUACUUUCAUUGUUUUAUUUUUUGCUUGUCAUAAACUAUAAUCUGAUAGACAUGUUAUCUUCUAACGUUGCACUGAGUGUCUUCUACUCCUCACUCAGCUAAUCGUGGGAAAACGAGACUAAGUACUGAGGGGAGAUGUGACAAUUCAUGUGUAAAUGUUUACUCAAGGAUUUAAUGGAAAAGUUUUUUUUGGUUUUGUUUUAUCUGUAAAAUGUUUAUCUACCUUAUAGUGGCUUUUAUUGUGGAAUAAUCCAAAACAAGGGUUAUCAUUGAGUAUUGCACCAUUUUGUUCGGAUUUAACUAAAAUGAAGAAAAAAAAACAUUAAAAAAAAUCUUAAAACAAAAAGAAGAUAAAAAAAACUACUUAAGAAUUGUUGCCAUAGGUGGUGGUGGUAAUAGUAGUAGUAGUAGUAGUAGUAGUAAGUAGUAUCCGUAGUACUAGAUCCCUAUGUUAACUUUAUGGAGAAAUGGAAAGGGAUAACGUGAGGAGGUGAGUUUGUUACAAGACUCAUUUCAGAGGUGCCUAUCUUUUCUGUUUUUUAUUUUAUUUUUUGCAAAGCCACCCAUCGUUUACAAACAUUUCAUUUGUCUGAAGUUCAAGGAAAAAAGGAGUUUAUAACAGGAAUGUUGGAAAAGAAAAUAGACAAAUUCCAUCUUCCAUCAAAUGAAUAGCUAUGAACAUAAAAAAAACUUUGCAAAAUUAAGAUGUAUGCUACUUUCAGAACUCUGGGAUAAAUCAGUGUUGUGUCGUAUUUUAAGUUAUCUUUGAUGUCAACUGUGUAUUGAUUUGAUUUAUUAGAAUUUUGUCUUGUAAAAAGACGACGCAAAUUGCUCACUAUCUUGCACACUCAUAAAAAAUGUGGAUCUUGUCUCAGGAAGGCCAGAAUUUCCAGAGUACCAACUCCACCAUUUUCUUUUUUUUUCUUUUUAUGAAAGAAAGUUAAAAUACAAUAACUAUGAAGCAUAACUCAAAGCACUGAAGGUUAUGGAUUAUAAUAGAAUAUGAAAUACCAUUUGUUUCUAGAAAUCCGUAGCAGUUACAUAUUUACCAAAUAAAGGACUGAAAAUGAACUUUGAGACAAGUAGUGCUUUACAUGUAAAAUCUGUAGAAAUUGCUUUUCAUUUAAACAAAAGUGAACAAGGAUUUUUCUUGUCAUAAGGCAGUGAUAGGACAUUGCAGUUGUAUGUUUUACCUAUGUAUUUUUCUUUGAGGUUCCAUCCUGUAAAGUUCAGGAGCAUUGUGCAUUAUCCUGUUUUAUAUGUCUCUGUUCCUGGGGCAGGUAUUCAACAAGUUAUUCAAUUCUAAUGUCAAAUAGAUGGUUUUCAGGAAACAGAUUGAAGUGGACGAAAAAAGCUGGUUUUUAAAGGAUCAUGAUCUAUGCACAAGUGGGAGGGAGAGUCCAGGCCUGCAUUUCUCUUGGGACCCCAGGACAUGUACUCUGGGUUUCAGGGUUUGUUCUGGGGGUGUGUUUUUGUUGUGCUACAAAUUUGCUAUGUUCGAUUUCCUCCCCCUCUCCCUCAUCGUCAUUAUUAUUGUCAUCAUAUUAUUUGGCAAAACUUUGCAUUGCAUCGCCAUGCUGUGUAAUCCUUAACCAAUGAGCGCUUAUCCUUCUGCUAAAGCACUGUGGGUUAUACUGAGAGAAAGCCCAUGACUUUUAAGGCUGUCUGGUUUUUUGUAAGGGGAUGGGGGGAGGGGGUACAUUGCCUUUGCCUUUUUAUUUUAAAAACAUUAAAGAAAAAUGUCUGUACUGAAAUACAAAGUUGUGGCUUUUAAAUGUUGUUCUUUAUUUUUCCUCAUAGAAUGUGAUCGUUAAUGACAUGCACCGGAAAAAAAACAUGGUUCCUUGAGUUACGGAGUGUCUUUCAGACUAUAUUAAUAAAUUGCAAUUUUUCUUGGCUGUUAA